GUGAACCGCAGUCUCGCCCACAAAUUCUCACCUACACAAUAUGAAAUAGCUGAGUAGAUAAAUUCAUACAACACCAUUUUAAAUUUAAAAGGGAAAUGAUCACCAAGGCUCUGUCUUAAUUGCGGUGUGGACGUAUAUUUCGUCCAUAUUGAACCAGUUUGGACACCCCCGGCAUGGAGGCACUUAGUACGAACCUGCGCUGGGAGCCCGAGCUUCAGUCUCACAGGCGCGUCGUUACAUCUCCGUUUCUCCUCUUCUGCUAACACUGUAAACCCAUGUCAGCGUGCGCCUCGCCUCCUCCCCGCUCCCCUGCUCACGCUCCGCGGUGCCCGCGGUCACAAUGUCCACUCCGCCCGUAGACCCGCUCUCGGCUGUGGAAAGCGGGCCCCAGUCGCACUAUUUCCAGCUGCCCAGAAAGUUGCCUAAACGCAAGAGCCGCUUCAAACGCUCGGAUGGCAGCACGUCCUCAGACACAACAUCUAGUUUCAUUAAACGACAGGGGUCGGCUGAUUCCUAUACCAGUAGACCAUCGGAUUCCGACCUGUCAGCAGAGGAGGACCGCGAGGCGUAUCGGCGUGAAGCCGAGCGCCAGGCACAACUUCAGCUCGACAGAGCUAAGUCCAAACCUGUAGCGUUUGCAGUAAAGACAAAUGUGAGUUACUGUGGCGCUCUGGAUGAGGACUGCCCUGUACAAGGAGCUGCAGUCAACUUUGAUGCCAAAGACUUCCUGCACAUCAAAGAAAAGUACAGUAAUGACUGGUGGAUCGGCCGGCUAGUCAAAGAGGGAGCUGACAUUGCCUUCAUCCCUAGCCCGCUGAGACUGGAGGCAAUGAGACUCAAACUAGAGCAGAAACAGAGAAAAACAGGGGGCAACUCCUCCAGUUUAGGAGACAUGGUGACUGGGAGCUGGAGGACCACACCACCAUCUGCAGGUGAAUCUAAACAGAAGCAAAAACAGGAACAUGUCCCUCCAUAUGAUGUGGUGCCCUCCAUGAGGCCGGUGGUCCUCGUGGGACCAUCACUCAAGGGUUAUGAGGUUACAGAUAUGAUGCAGAAAGCCCUUUUUGACUUCCUGAAACACAGAUUUGAAGGAAGAAUCUCAAUCACACGUGUCACUGCCGACCUGUCUUUAGCCAAGAGAUCUGUCCUCAAUAAAAGACCCAUAAUGGAGAGGUCCAACACUCGCUCCAGUUUGGCGGAGGUUCAAAGCGAAAUCGAGAGGAUAUUUGAACUGGCCAAAACGCUGCAGCUGGUGGUUCUGGAUGCGGACACCAUCAACCAUCCGGCACAGCUCGCCAAAACCUCCCUUGCACCCAUCGUUGUCUACGUUAAAGUCUCCUCACCAAAGGUGCUCCAGAGGCUGAUCAAGUCCAGGGGGAAGUCUCAGAGCAAGCACCUGAAUGUGCAGAUGAUGGCUGCAGACAAACUCACUCAGUGCCCCCCUUGGGACUAUUUCAAAUUGCAUCCAUCGAAGAUUUUUCAACACCAAACUGCUGAAAUACCUGCAUGUAUUCCAUUAGCUGUCAAAAUGAGUGGUGGCAAUGUCAAAUGCCCGAUGCAGAACAAGGAUUUGUUUGAUGUCAUUUUGGAUGAAAACCAGCUGGAGGAUGCUUGUGAGCAUUUGUCUGAAUACCUGGAGAUAUACUGGCGGGCCACUCAUCUCCCAGGCACCACCCCUCUUAAUCCUCUUUUAGAGCAGAGUCUGAUGACCCCGCCAUCCGCCAACUCCAGUCUCCAGAACAAGAACCAGCCGCAGGCUAGUGAGGCAGUGGGUUUGGAGGCCGAGGCGCAGGAAGGGGAGGAGGAAGACGAGGCAGGCGAGGAGGCCCUCUCCCCCUUGGAGCAGGACAGUCUCAUGCCAUCAGACGAGGCUAGCGACUCCCUGUCUCACGGCCAGAGGGGGAGCCCGUGCCAGAGGGUGGGAGAAGACGACGAGGAAGAGGAGGAGGAUGGGUACGCCUCUCCGUGCCCCGGCCGCACAUACAGGGGUAUGUACCCCGCGCACCGGGGCCACGCCGUCGGCCACAACGCCAACAGUCACGAGUCGCAGGACAGGCUGCUUCAAAGCGAAGCCCAGCAGGGUCACAACCACAGAAUCAACCGCCAGCGCAGUCGCCCUUGGCCUCGAGACACCUACUGAGGAAUCCACAAGUCCAGGUCUAUUUUUAGAGCAUCACUUUAUCUCCACCGAGGGGACAUUUUGACAUCUCCGGGCCGAUUGUCAGAUUGUCAACAGGGCUACUCUGCAAUGGAAUGUCUCUUCAGGCAAACUUGUGCUGCUUUGCCAGUGUUUCUCUAUUGUAGGAUGUCUCCAUAUACAGUAUACUGGCCUUAAAGCAAAACAUGUUUAGUUAUCUUUACUGUUGCAUGUGUGACUAGAGUAUCAUUAUUUUGAGACUAUUUGCACAUUGAUGCCAGAACAGGGGCCGAAUGAUCUCUAUGGCUAAACUAAUGUAGGAAUGUUUACUGUUGAAUUCACAGAUGGAAGCUACUCAUGCAUUUUCAGAUCAUGUAAAUACUGAAUGGGCACGGAGUUUAGUUACAUUGCUUCUUGAUUUGGUCGCUUGUUUCAGACACACGCUGCCACCCACGUUUUGUCGUAAACUUACGAAGAUAACGAAUGGCACAUUGCAAGAGUGAAGCUGCAGUACAUGACACUGUCACCACCAGUGCAUCUCUCUCUCUUUCUCUCUGCUAUUGCACAAUCACUUGCGAACACCUUGAAAAAGCUGACGGGCACAGAGAAUGUAAACGCGUGUAAAAAAACAAAAGGGAAUGUUGGUGCCCAAAUUGCUUGUUUACGUCGACCCGUUGUCCGCACAUUAAGCACGCGGUGGCCUCCGAGAAUGUUCGUUUGCAUGCCUCGCGGUGUCUCUGCACCACCGUCAUCGGAUUGUAGCACAUUCUUUGAUUGUAGCAUCCCCAGGUUCCACACUAGCCUCUCCUUAAUCAUUGCGCCCCGUUGUGUACUGCAGUUUUCCCACGGCCGACCCUCAGGUGUCCCUCAGCUCCAUGUGACAAGCGUGUGGCGAAGGACUCGCAGCUGUAGCACCUGCCCGUGACAUGACAUAACGUCAUUGCGUUCUUACGCAGUCAGCCUGCGAGCAUCUCGCAGGGUUCAUACCAGCUGACUUAAGAAAUUACUUGUUUACUGCUUCUAUGUUGCAUAUGUAUCUAGUGUUGUAUGUAUAUUUUGAAGAGGAAAAAAACAGCAUGAUUGAGAAAAAAGACAAAAAAACUAUGCAAGUGCUGCAUGAAUUCUGAUUCUUUUGACCGUUAAGUAUUUUAGUAAUGCAUCGUUUCUGGUUUUGCCCGUUGUAUUGCAGUGAUAGUCUUCUUUGUGGCGGUUUCCUUCUCCACUUACUACAAAAAGCACUCAAACUCACACCCACAAGUUCAAGUUGAGAUGGGCACUCACUUACUUGACGCACUUUGAAAUUCCUUCACUGAAAAUGGUCUCCAGAUCCGAUUGAUGUCCUGCAUGUCUUAGCUCUUCAAUUAGCUAUUUUCAUUCUAUUUUGCCAGAGUGGACCAAUGAUUAAACAACUGAUGAAGCGGUUGAGGGUUAUUUCCAAUUUAUGAAGCACAAUUUUUACAAGGUUGUCAUUUAGUUUCCUAUGUCUUAUUCUGUAUGCAAUACUAAGCCUAAAAUUGAAAAAUGAAACGCCUUACACCAUCUGGACUUCGUCUUCAGUGUGAGUAUUAAAAAAAAAAAGAAAAAGAAAUUGCACUACUCCUUUUUGAGGAUGGUUGCUUUGUAAUGCAAUAACUGCACUAAAUCUAACAGUGUAUCUAUCCACCACACUACCACAGCGUGCUAGCGUAACACAACACGCCUCUUCCCGCUCCCGUUCACAAGGUGUACAAAGUGAAACAUUUCCUGCCUGAUGCUGUAAAGAAUGCUUUCUUUUUGAAAAAUAGAUUUACAAUGCUAAGAAAAUUAUGACUUCAACUAAAUAAACACAUUUUAUGUA